GGUUCAUUUAAGGCUUUUUCUUUAUAGCAUGACACUUUAGAACAAUCAAUGAUGGUGACCUUGCGAGCAGCUCUGUUGCUCGCUUUUCUUUCAAGAUGCUUUGCCGCAAAAUUUGUCAUGUUUCCCAUGUUUGGACGAAGCCAUUACAUGAUUCUCGACAAACUGGGGCAAGAACUGUCAGAGAGGGGCCAUGAGGUAUGCAAAUAAGAGUACAGAAUGCUUUGUUGUAGUUUUUAGUGACAGUUCAAUUAUUAUUUUGCCAAGCCUUCGUUGGUGUCGACUAAGCUAUAAGCUUAAGCUAUCUAACGCACUAUAUGGUACGAUUCCAGUCCCAAUGAAGAGCCAUCGUGAGCUGAGUAGCAAAGAAACGGCUUGGAAUGCUCGUCUACAUGGCGUGAUCACAUUACGUAAUAGUGAAAAUAUAAGGAUUUGUAUGGGAAAAAAAAUAUGCGGUUCUCAUGGUAAAAUUAAUCUUUUUUAAUUAUCCUUCUUUUUCAGUAAUGAUAUACCUGCCAACUUUCACACAUUAUGGGCGAGUCUCACGCCUGUGGACUAAAGAGUAAGAUCUCACGCAUAAAGGACAAUCAGCUCACGCCUGACUUACAAUUCGGACGAAAAAACAAAAUUCAUUUCAAUUUCACCGAAAUGUUUCAAAAAAGUGGUUAGUGUUGACCUUGUGUCCUAACUGUAUCACAAAACGUAAAAAUUGUUGUAGAAGUGCUCAAAGGCUGUCGGAACAUCUUCGUACAUUUGCGCCAAAGUUCGGAAGUCUUCGGAAAAUCGAGGAAAUAUUGGGAAGUCGCUGGGAUGUUUUCAGAAAUUUGGGUCAUGACAAGACGAAAAUCUCACGCAUUUGACUCAGAAAAAGUUGGCAGGUAUACAAUGAGGUUUCAGUUACACACACAGAAUGUUGAUCAAUAAAUUGGGAAUAUCAUUAAAUCGACGAUGGUAAAAUUGGGGUUCCACUGUGUACAUAUAUAUUUCUUUACGUACAACCCUAACUAAAGGGAUAUCUAUAUGGCUUUUCGUCCUAAACACCCUUAAUGAGACCAAAAUCUGAAAUUCCACCUCUACUCGAGACGACGAGAGUCUCUGACAUAAUCAUGUGGGAGUGCCCCCGUCCCCCUAACGGGGGGUGGGGGGGGGGGGUUCCUGCACAUCACGAAAUAGGCCGUUCCUACCGCAUUCCUGUGAACGAAGACACCAACUCGAAACCACCCAAGCCGCUACUUCGUUCAUUGUGUGUGCUUACUGGAUCGGAAUGCGAGAAAGGUCCAUAUCGUGAACUGACAGGCGAUCAUGAUCAGAUGGAGUGUUCAGAAAAAUUGCUCCCUAUCUAUUCUCGAUUUUCUUUUUGGGGGAAUGUGUCGAGUAAAAUGUUUUAAUGUUUAACGCCAUCACGAUGUAGUGCAGUUGUUAGUUUAACCAGCGUUUUUUUCCUGUUCGUCUUGCUUCUUCUCAGUUCAUAGAUUGUUGACACUCCCCUUUUUCAAUAAGAUCAUCGCGAGCACUUACUGUAACGAACAGCCAUCUUGUUACAUGGUGAUAGAAAGCGCUCGAUCGUUACCGACGAUCUUUGUGUGGGAAAAAGGGGACUGUAAUUAUAAACAGCCCGGAAACAGUCCACACAGUUUAGUCAGUGUUCAAAGCGAUUCCUAGUAAAAGAAACCGUCGCAUAUUUUCGAUGAAACUUGUUACGCUGUUGUAACAAGUAAAUAAAAGGAUAAAACGUAAUAAAAACAGAGGGGGUCACCGUGCUAGUUUUCACGGUACAGUGUUGACGAAUAGGGUUAUUUUUAGGCGCCUUUGGACCGUAACCGUACCCAGCACAAAAUUAGACAAAAAGGCGCGCCUUUUUCCCAUGAUACUUUGUGAUAUCGCUCGGAAUAUGAUUUUAUUGUUAAUCCACCUACAUACCAGGAAAAUGCCUUUUCAUACCUUUGCUUUUACUUAACGUUUAAAAGUAGGCUUAUUUCGAAAUGCGCUGUUUGCUGUAAUCUUUGUGCAGAAGCUCCUUUUUUACGGCCUCUAUCUUGUUAUUCGGGGUGAAAGUUGCGCAAUGCAAAACCAGCGAACCACUAUAAGAACCGUUUAAAAAUAAUACAAGACCAUACAAGAAGAAUUUCAAUCCCUCAGGCGGACGUACUUGAAGACAACGCCCAUUCUAUAAAAAGAAACUAAGAUAAGGGACUUCUCGUAGUUUAAUCUGAGGCCUAAACAGUCUAUUUAAUUCUAAUUACUACAAGGUUCCGCAAGUGUUUGAGGAUAAAAAUGAUUGCCCUCGCGGGAUAACCCGUAAAAAUCCAAGAUGAAGUAUACUGCAAUAAAUUUGCGUUAUUGACCAAGCGUGAGGGCAAGAUGGCUAGAUAUUGGCCAAAAAAGAACGAAGCCAAAAUACAGCCAUCUUGACAGAACAAGCUUGGUCAAUAAGAGAUUUAUUAUAUGGCCAAAAUGGAGAACUUUUUCUUACGGGAUCAAGGCGGGAAAUCCCGAGCGGGCAAGAUAGGCCCAUCUUGCUUGCUCGGGUAGCCAAUCAGAACGCAAGAUUUACUUCAUCUUGCCCGCUCGCGGAUGCAGCCAUAUUUUAAGGCUUCUCAUUGUUUUAUCCUCAUCUUUACAGGUUAUCCUAUUUGUAGGAGCAACGGCUAAAUAUGCCGCAAACAAUCCAUACGUACGCUUUUUCAACGACAGCCAGACCUUUUCGGUGCAUACACCUGCUUCCGGGAACCGGAAGACGCCGUUAAGUUUAAGAGAGGAAUUUGCCGUUCUUUUAACCGCUCAGUUAUCUUAUUGUGAUGAAAUGCUGAGCAACGUGGAGCUAAUGAAGGAAACUAAUGAUGCGGACCUCGUUGUUGGUGAACUGUGGUAUCUCUGUUCAGCUUUGGUCGCAGACAAAUUAUCAGUGCCACAUGUUCUAAUAUCUCCAGCCACUUUGUCCACACCAUAUACGUUUGCACUUGGUCUGCCCGCUCCGCUCGCCUACGUACCUCAAAUUAACAACGAUGCAAAUAGGAUGUCGAAUAUCAUUGACAGAGGCAAGAAUGUACUGCAAUGGAUAUCACUGUAUUGGUAUUACUUGCAAGAUUUAUGCUCACUUUAUAGCAAGGUCAAAGCAAAAUACAAAAUCACAUCCAACAACAGCAUCCAGGAAACACUUGGAAGGGCUGAUCUGAUUAUUGGUCAGAUGCCGUUUGGAUUAGAGCAUCCGAGGCCUGUCCAUCCAAGUAAGUCUUUUUAUUUCAGUUCCCUCUGCACUUUAACGUGCUGUACGCGACAGCUUAAGAAUGGGAAGUCAGUUGCAAAUACUUUACAGUUCAUCGUACAGAAAGUCAUUGUAACAGGUAGGCCAUCGAAAUCUUAGGAGAGAGCGCGAAAAAUGAAAGUGAAGGAACAAAAUCGAGAGCGAAUCGAAGCGCAAAAGAGAAGACUGCAUGCUCGUCCUUCUUGCCGCGUGGACUUCUGUAACAGCAAAGAGUUUCAGAAGGUCUAAAUAGCGCUCAAAGUAUUGAUCUGAGCCAUUUUUGCUGUUAAGUAAAACAUUUGUGUCUCGGAGGUUUUUGUAGAUUUCAUUUACGCAUGUCAAGAAAGGAUAAAGUGGGAGGAGAGGGCAUCCCUUAUAUAGGUCCUUUUCCACAGGUAAUUUGUGUCCAGAUAUUUUCAGAUCUAGACCCGCUCUUCUUCCUUUAUUCUCUCUUGGCAUGUUAAAGAUAAUCACAGUAGAGGCACAGUUCUGAAUGGCUAUGUUACCAAAACAAGGAACGGGGAACGGGAAACGAGCGCGGGGAAUGGAAAAAUGAAAACACUGAAAACAAAAUAAAAUAGAAUGAGUAAUGAAGUUACUUAUAAGGUUAGGAAUUAUGUGAGGUUUUUUUACCCAUUCUUCAUUUUCUCUUCCCCCGUGCUCGUUCCUCGUUCCCCUUUCUCCCUUUUAGCGACAUUCUGGAGCUGGUGAUCUUGAGGUCUAGGAGUUCAAUUGUUUCCCACACAAUUGCCGCGUGUUUGAUCACAUGGUGAUUGUUGUUUGCUGUUUCAUAAUAGACACUCGGGUUGUUGGUCCAUUCCUUCCCAGUCCAGCUAAGCCUUUACCCGAAGAGCUGGAAGAAUUCGUAGGAAAAGCUGGUGACGAAGGUGUUAUCGUGGUGUCAUUUGGUAGUGUUUUGGGAGAUACUGCGGGACUAAAUGAAUCACUCUUGCAAGGAAUGGCUGACGCUUUCUCCAAGCUUCCUCAAAAGAUUAUCUGGAAAAUGAAGUUAGAAGGUACUUUCAUUGAAAGGAUUGUAGUCAUACACGCGGGGAACAGUUAUUACAUUAAUCAGCGGAUUAACCUAUUAGCUUCCACUUGUGAUAAAUGUGAUAAAUUAUAAUGUUACGAUAGUGGGACAAAGUUUGGGGAUCGAUCAGCAUUGUGGAGAGUGUACUGUAUGCUCUCUACAUUGCUGAUCUUGUGUGGUUUGAUGAUGUGUGUCACAUAUGAAGCUACAAGUUAGGGGGAGAUUCUCUGAGUCCCACCGUAGCUCAGCGGAUGCAACUCCCAAGUGGUGCUCGAGAUUCAUGUCGGGAACUCUUGGACGCGUGGAUUUGUUUCUUUGUCCCACUGGUGACAUGUCAUUUAUCACAUUCUUCUCAAGUCAUAUAAUUUUCCUUUGGCUAUCCUGUAAACAGAACAGGUUCAAGGAUAAAGGCAAAAAGAAAAUAUUGGCGAGCGGACUAAGCCGAACGUUGUCCCUGGCGUGAAGCUACAAUUGUUGCCGCUGCGCUCUACCAAAAAUCGUGUGAUCUCGUGCUCAGGAUUUUAAUGGUGUCCGUCUGCAGGUUUGAAAUGUCACCUUGGAGAUCUGGGUACAGAUUAGAAAGCUUGUUUACAGACAAGCGUUUGUCUGUUGGUCUCAGCAGAACGCCCUUCGUUGAGCACGUUAAAGCGAAGCAAAGCGCCAACCAGAGGAAAACCUCAUCGGGACCAUUAGCAAGAGUAAAUCAAAUGCUUCUCACAUGUCACAGCUGCAGAAGUAGAAGCGUUCUAUCUGAUCGCUGUUAAGUAACCUAGUAACUGUACACAUUUAUUUUUCUUAACAGGCAAGCUACAAGUGUCAGUGAGUGACAAUGUCAAACUGAUGUCAUGGUUACCACAGAAUGACAUUCUCGGUCAUCCUAAGACUCGUCUAUUUAUAUGCCACGCAGGACUUAAUGGUAUCCUAGAAUCAACCUACCACGGAGUACCAAUGAUUCUUACACCUUUUUUCGGAGAUCAGUUUUAUAACGCUAACACUAUGAAACAGUCAGGAGUUGGGGAGGUUGUAAACUUGUGGUCCAUGUCGUCAGAAGAGUUCGUCAGUUUGAUACGAAAGGUGUUAGGCGACCCCAGGUGAGUACUUUGGGAACACCUUAUAUAGUUAACAACUGUUGUACGAGCGCACCUUAUGGUAGAUUUCAUGCUCGAUAUUUUCAUAUCAUUUCAUGCAUUUUUCGAACUAUAUUCACAAAACCGUCGGCAAUCAUGGCAUACCCUCUACUCUGUGGCUCUCGUGGUUUUGUCCGGAAAAAUUGCAUUUCCUUGCAGUCUUAGAAUGACAACAACUUCUUUCGGGCGCCAAAAAACGUUUUAGCUCAGCUGACGCGUACACUUACCAUAUUUGUAGAGCAUUCCCAUAUGUCAUGAUAGCUCAGCAGCCAAUCAAACCUCCAGAAUUGCUUUAUUCAAUGAUCCAGUACUUGCCACCCAGGCUAUAACACACACCACGACUGCAUUGUUUGUUCUUCGUAAAUCUACCCACACCACGGUAAAUCCAAUAAAUUAUACUGAAAUGACAGAAGUUACCUUUUAGAUUUCUACUGAGGCACGGUUUCUUGUAGAAUUUGCCAUCAGUAAAUGAAAAAAGAUCGAAUGCAAGAAAAGAUCGUGACACAUUUGCCGAAAUAAAAGUCUUUAACAACCGCUAAUUUUUUUGAAGAAAACCCCAUUUAUAAAAUAAUAAUACUAAUAAUAGUAAUAAUAAUAAUAAUAAUAGUUAUAAUAAUAAGUCGAACACCCAGUAGCUGUUUUAGCAGUACUGUGUAGCCACAGCAAUAGCAGCAGUAGCAGAGUAGAUUGAUCGGCCAAUAGUCUCCUGACCUACACUGAAACCAUCCGAGUGGCAAUCUCGUGCUUAAACAUUAAAGAAUUACAUUUGAUGUUGUAAGAGUUGGACCUCAAAGUAUAUCUAAAUCAGAUGGGGAAUAGAAAAAAAAUGCACAGCCUCAAAUGACCCCCCUUUUUUUGUGAUACUUCCCUAACGCAAUGACACGAAACGUGAUUUUCCAACCGUAUUUCGCCGGCUUUCCCAUGUAAAUGGUAUGUAUCCUCGGACCCUCCCCUCCCUUUAUUUCUAGUAUUAGGUACAAAAUGUUGAGCAAAAUUGCAAGUAUAAAUCUCUUCGGGGCAUAAUUAUGUCUCGCGGUUCGGAGCCAAGGAUUGUAACGGUAGUAGAAAAAUGGGAUAGGGAGAAUUAUCUCGAGUUGUGAACAUCUUCAGUUCGUCCAUGAGAAUCUAUAAGACAAGAAUGAGAAGCAAAUCUAGCAGACAGUUGUGGUUACAGGUGAGUGAUAGUGUUGGGGGCUUGGCGAUCAGCUAGCGCUUUUUAAACUAUUAUCUUUUCUUUUAGUUAUCGCAAGAUGGCAAAAGGAAUAUCCAACUCGGUUAAGCUUCUGCCGCGCCCACCUGUAAAAGAAGCCGCUGACUGGGUGGAGUACACACUGGCUCUGGAUGGCUUACCGUUCCUCAGACCUCGAGGAUUGGACCUGCCAUUUUAUCAGCUGUAUCUUCUGGAUAUUUUAUUGUUGGCAUUUUUGAUCUUGUUUUUAACAGUGCUUGCUCUCAGAUUCUUGUUAAAGGUAGUUAUUAAUCUUUUGUUGGCACCAGAUGUAAAAGAGAAAGCUAGCUAAAAAGAGAACAUUUUUAGUGUGGUCAAAACGAAUAUACAUCAUCUUGACUAAGAGCAAAAGGAAGAGAGCUAAGUCAGCACAUAAAGCUUACCUUGGCAGACAAACCUUGCUUAUACAGGAAAAUUUUCACCCUGUACCUGUCUGAUUGUAUUACAUUAGUCACAUGAUAGCUUUAGACCUGCAGCCUCCGCAGUUCGGGGGAAAAAGGAAACCUUGUUCCCAGGGUUCUCUGUAAGCAAGAGAGAGAACCCUGGGAAAGAGGUUGGGAAAAAGCCGAAACAAAAUCGGCGAACAAAGCGAGCCGAGCGGGAGUCUGGGGAAGGGAAAGCCCAUUGCUCGACUCGCUUUGCUCUCCGAUUUUUUUGCUGCUUCUCUCCAUUUUUGCCUUUCCCCCACUACGGAGCCUGGUCCCAGGCUAAU